UCAAUCUUUCUCAUUUUCUUCAUCUUCAUCCCUUUUCUCUUGCCAUUCGUCCUUCGAAUUUUAUGGGGUUCGUUCCUUCAAACCUUGUUUUUGCCAUAUAACUAUAGUUUAUUCGUGGGAUUUUUUCAAACCCAUGUUUGGUUCUUUGAUUAAUACUAAUGUGGAAUCUUCUUGGGAUUUGAUUCUGAAAUUUUAAUCGUUUCAGGAUUCGAUUCAAUGGUAAAAUUUUGUUGCAUUGUGAAUUUUGUGAUAUUUGAAUUCAUUAGGCUCUCAAUGUGAAUACGAACGCUAAUUCGGUGGUUAUGCUGUUUUUGGUUUACAACAAUCAAUUGGUUUUCUUUUGUUUUGCUACACGAGGAAAAUCUGGAUUUCGGAUUUGGGGAUUCCAACUUUGUUCGCCUUUGAAGAUUGUUCUAUAAAUGGAGAAAGAUGAAUCUCAGAAUCUUAAUGGGAGUUUAUUGCCACCUUCUGGAUGGAAUUCAGGGUUUCCAUUAGAUGGCAACAAAGAUAAUGAGAAAUCUGAGCCAAAUGGGUCAACCAUGGUACCCACAAAUUGUGAUGAAUCUGAUCAGUUAACUCAUGAUCUAAGCAGAAUGCUUGAUCACCCACCUAAGUAUUUGGGCCACCGACGAGCCCUUUCUGAAAUUGUCACUCUGCCUGAUGAUAUUAGCUUUGAUAGAGAUCUUGGUGUUGUAGGUGGCUUCAAUGGUCCUUCAUAUUCUGAUGAAACUGAAGAAGAUUUGCUUUCUAUGUAUCUUGAUCAUAUGGAUAAGUUGAAUAAUUCAUCUGCAACAUCUGGUUCUCAGGUGGGUGAGUCAUCUUUUUCUGCAGUCCAGAAUUCACAAACAGCCGCCACACCGCCUGCAUCGCCGCCACCUGAGAACCAUGUCACUAGCAUCAGAGUUAAACAUCAGCAUAGUAUGUCCAUGGAUGGUUCUGCUAUUAAGCCAGAGAUGCUCAAUUCAGGUUCAGAAGAGAUAUCUUCAACUGAUGCUAAGAAAUCAAUAUCUGAUGCCAAGCUUGCUGAGCUUGCUCUUGUUGAUCCAAAACAUGCAAAAAGGAUAUGGGCAAAUAGGCAGUCUGCUGCAAGGUCGAAAGAAAGAAAGAUGAGAUACAUAGCCGAGCUUGAAAGGAAAGUCCAGAUACUGCAAACAGAAGCGUCGUCAUGUUCUGCCCAGCUGGCCCUUUUGCAGAGAGAUACAAAUGGUUUGGCAGCUGAAAACAAUGAACUCAAACUGCGUUUGCAAACCAUGAAGCAGCAGAUUCACAUGCAAGAUGCUUUCAAUGAUGCAUUGAAGGAGGAGAUACAUCGUCUGAAAAUACUUACAGGUCAGAACCUCAUGAACGGUGGAUCAAUGAUGAACUUCCGUCAAUCAUUUGGAGCAAACUACCAGUUUCACCCCAGCAACCAUGCCAUGAACACACAGCAGUUUCAGCAACUCCAGAAUCAGCAUCCAUUUGAGCAGCAACAACUCCCGCUGCUUCACCAAAUCCAGCAGCAUCCAUUUCAGGAGCAACAACUCCUCCAAAUUCAGCAGAAACAUCAACACCCAUAUCCACAGCAGCCAGGACAUAGAAGCUCCUUGUCAACAUAAAGCCGAAAACUAGAUAUUUCUUCCGAGUUCAACCCCAUGAUUGAGUAGAAAGUUUUGACGGUUA